AUGCCGUUUGGCCUGAAAAAUGCACCACUGAUGUAUCAGCAAGUGAUCGACAAUUGCCUGUGGGGAUUCGUGCGUCUGCCGCCAGAAGAGGAGGCCGAGGUAGACCAGGAAGUUUUGGACUACCUGAAUUUGGACCCCCAGGAUGACAGACCUCCAGGGUGUGGCACUCCAGGUUGUAGUGGUUGCGAGAACGCCCAUGCUCCUAGGUCGUUGCCAACCCUGGCAAACCAAAUGACGGUGUUAAAGAGGAACAUCCCUACUCCGACGCAGAUGUCACCUGUCCGAGGACGCAGCUCGUAUAUUGAUGAUAUCGCACAUGGUGCACCGACUUGGGAUGCAUUUUUACCGAAGAGCGAGUUCGGGAAAUUGUCCAUUCCGUAUUUGUCUCAUGAUGUUAGCGCUGAAGGAAUCAGGGCAACACCGAAGAUCGCUAAGGGUGUUCAGGAUUUGCCAUUCCUUACGGCAAUGAAGGGGGUACAGUCCUUCCUGGACAGUCAGAAUUAUUAUCACAAAUUCAUCGAAGACUACCCCGUGAUCGCAGCCUCCCUGUAUGAACUCUCGGACGACCAACACAAGAUCGUGUCGACCCCAGUAUUGCGGCAUCCUGACAGGACCAAGCCGUUCGUCAUCAUACCUCAUCCAAACCAAUGGGCUGCUUGUGUAGUCCUGAGUCAUGAACAUGAUGGUUUGGUUCAGCCAGUACGAUUCACGGAAUUAAGAUAUUACAUCGCGGAAAAGGAGGUCAUCACCGUGUUGAGAGUAUUGCAGGUUUUCAAAACGCUCAUUCAGGGCUGA